AUGAAGCACCUCCUGGUAUCUAUCUGCCCAAAGCCCUUGGUCUCGAGGCAGCCACUCUUCAAUGGCACGAUCAGACUACAGCUUCUGCCCAAGUCCAAUUCCAGUUCGAUCAGGACGUACGCGACGAGAGUGCGACUAGCUGAACAGAGACCCGCGAAUAAUGUAGAAGAGAUCGAAGCCCGGAGAGGCGAAGAAGUCACACCUGCUGUCGCGGAGCCUCCCGAGGCCCCCGACACCAGGGCUCCCAUCGAACGGUUCAGGAAGCCACCGAAGAAGCCGCUCUCCGUCACCGACCUGGUAUCUCCUGCUUGGUGUGAACUACAAUACUUUUACGUGCUGAGCAAGCAUGGGCGCAAGAGGAGGACCCCGGCCAUGAAACAAGGGAGUGCGGUCCACCAGGCGCUCGAAGAUGAAGUCCACGUCACCGUGCCCGUCAGGGUAGUCACGAAAGAAGACAGCUGGGGCCUGCGUCUGUGGAAUGUCAUACAAGGGUUGCGCACCUUGCGUGAAACCGGUCGGACGAGGGAGAUGGAGGUCUGGGGAUCCGUGGGUGGCGAGUUCGUCAAUGGUGUCAUUGAUGAAUUGAGCUUCGAUUGCCCGGACCCGAAACUCGAAGAGCAGAGCUUAAAAUUUUCCCUGAAUCAGGAGUCUGGACCGGUCCCCCCCGAAUACCAGGCCAGUAUCAGGGACUAUCUCGUUACGAGCGAGAAGACCACCAGGGAGCAAGGCCGGUCCAUAGAAUCGGCACUGUGUGAUGAUGACGGCGGUGGUGGCGGCGGCGGCAAUACACAGUCUUCUCUGCAGAGCAAAAGGUCACAGCGACCGCGAGAAGAUCAAAAGCGAAUAUACAUUACAGAUGUCAAGACGAGAGGGACGUCGAGUUUGCCCACUGGUUCAAGCAUCCGGCCCACCAUUGUCCAGCUGCACAUGUACCACCACAUGGUCGACAAUCUGGCAAAAGGGGUGUUUAAACUCGACGAGGUCGCAACACGAUAUGAACUGGACAUCCACGCGACCUUUUCCGACGAUUUCAUUGCGCAGAUUGGCAACCUCAACCACGACAUUUAUGAGUUGCCCGGUUCUCAACAACGAGGAGCACUGGAGAAUGAAGAAGACAUUGGUCCGUCGACUCAAGACUCUGUGGAGAUUUUGAUCCAUCACAACAACCUCGAAAGGUUGUGGAAUUUCAUGAUGUGGCAGUUCCGAGAGACUUUUGUGGUACCAGGAUCAAACUUCGAUGCCGCCGCCGCCACGUUCGGUGCCAGCGCAGACACUCAGGAAAUGGAAGUACCUUCUUCGACACCACAGUCGAUCUCACAACUCGCCGCGGCGUCGCCAUCUCUGCCGACGCGACUUUCGCCGCUCCUGACGGCCAGAUACGUCUCGGCGACCCGAGAGACCGACGACGGCGGCCCCGAGCUCCUCGGUACCAGAUCCAUCAUCUUCAACCCGAAUUUCUUGCGGUCGUACCUCUACGACGCCCUGGCCUUCUGGCGAGGCGAACGUGCCCCGAAGGGCGUGCAGCCUCGCGACGCGUGGAAGUGUCGCAUCUGCGAAUUUCGAGACGAUUGCGCCUGGAUCCACGAACGCGAUCAACUUGCCGUCAGGGACGCCGAGGAGAGGCGCAAGAUGAGGGAGGUCGCCGGACUGGAAGGAAUGGAUACCGGGACGAAGAGAAGUAGGGUGUGA